AUGGAAAACGAUUUUGAACAAUUGAUAACUACUCUUUCAAUAUCUUCUUUACCUAUUGAUAUUUUUCAAAAAAUAAUAAAUUAUCUUCAACAACAAACAAAUGAGAGUUUAUCUUUAUUUAUUUCUCAAUCAUUAGAAUCAUUAAUUAUUCUUGAACAUUGGGCAUGGAAAAUACUUAGUCAAAAUUUUUAUCAAUAUAUAGAUCAAUUAAAUUAUCUUGAAUUAUUUCAUAAACUUGGAUUAUUUAAUUUUAUGUUAAUAUUUAAUAAAAAUAAUAUUGAUGCUGAUAUAAAAUCAUUACUUCUUAUUCCUGAUAAUAUACAAUGGAUAAAUCAAAUAUUUGAUCAAAUUGAUAAAAUUGAAAAUCAUAAUGAUCCAUAUUUUCUUAUUAUUAGUCGUUGGUUUGAAAAUCUUUCAUAUUUUAUUCAUGAACAUACUAAAUUUGAACAAUUACCUAUUUUUAUACAUAUAUGUCAACGUAUAGGACAUGAUUAUCUUCUAAGUAAUCAAUAUAAAUUUUAUUUAAAUCAAUUAUGUCAAACAAAAAUUUCCGAAUCAAUAUUUACAGCUAAACAAUUAUUUUAUAUAAAAACAUGUUCAUUUUUAUUUCGUAUGUAUAUAUGUUCAAUAAUUGAUAAAACACCAUUUAAAGGUGAUGAAUUACUUAAUCGUUAUAGUAAUGAUUAUUUACAAAUAAUACAUAUACAUAGUUAUACUGUUGAUUAUUGGAAUCAACAAUUAUUAACUUGUAUAACACAUCUUAUUGAUUUUAUAUGUGCAUGUUGUUGGUGGGGAACAGAAAAAGCAAUUUAUAUUAAAAUACUUUUAUCAAAUGAACAAAUAAUUUAUGAUCAUAUACGAGGACUUAUACGUAUUGUUGGUUGUAAAUUAUUUCAUGAACGUAUAACAUCACUAUGGUAUAAUGAUGAAACAAUACUUAUUGAUUCCAUAUUUAUUUUUUUUAUGGGUGCUUUAUUACAAAUAAAAAAUUUAACUUGUUUUAUACGUUCAGAAACAAUUUUAUCUAAUAUAAUUUUAUCCAUAGCACAAAAAUCAUGUUAUGAUCGUAUAUCUGUAUGUGCAUAUGGAAUAUUAGCAGAAAUUUUAUCUGAUGAACAAUUAAAAGAAGUUCAAAUUACAGAUAAUAUAUCUGAAUUUUUCUUUCGAAUUUUAGAACUUGCAUGGAAUCAUCCAGCACAACGUUAUAAACGAAUACCUAUUCCACAAUUAUUAACAGGUUUUUUAACUGUAUCAAAAAAUGAUGCAAUUCAACAAAAAACUGCUAAUUCAAAUAAAAUUUCACUUUUAAUAGAAAUGUCUGAUACAUAUCCAAUAACAUUAGAUAUAUUAUGGAGUCUUUCAUUUAAUCAUGAUAUUCAACAACAAUUACAUUCUAAUCGUUUAUUUAUGAAUAAAUUAACUAAAUUAAAAGAAGAAUGUAAUAAUGAAAAAAUGCGUAAAAUAGUAUUUGGUAUAUUAUGGAAUCUUGAAUUAAGUUAUUUAGAUCGUACAUUAACAGAUUUUAAUAAUAAAAAAAAAUUUGAUAUUAUGAUUAGUUAUUCACAUAAAGAUGAAAUAAUUUGUAAAAAAAUUUAUCAAGAAUUAAUUAAAUUUGGUUAUCAUGUAUGGAUUGAUUAUGAUCAAAUACAUGGAAAUGUUAUGGAUGCAAUGGCACAAGCUAUUGAACAAUCAUAUAUAAUUAUUAUUUGUAUGAGUGAACAAUAUCAUAAAAGUAAUUAUUGUCGUGCUGAAGCACAAUAUGCAUUUCGUUGUCAACUUAAAAUUGUUCCUAUACUUUUACAAGAACAUUAUCAACCUGAUGGAUGGCUUUUAUUUCUUAUUGGACAAUUAUUAUAUAUUGAUUUUACUAAAUAUGAAUUUUCACAAGCAAUGAAAUUAUUAAUUGAAGAAUUAAAAGCUCCUGAUAUACAAGAAACUCAAAUAGUAUCUAUUCAAUCUAAACAAGAUAAAACUUUUUUAUAUCCAUUAAUAUCAGAUUCAUUAAAACUUCCAGAAAAUAUUCUUGAUUGGACAAAAAUCGAUGUACAAAAUUGGUUGAUAGGAUCAAAUUUAAGACAAAUGGCACGUCUUUUAAGUCAUUUUGAUGGACCAAGUUUAAAUAAUUUAUAUGAAUUAAUGAUAGAAAGUGAACCACGACAAAUUUUAGAAUUAUUUCAAGAUGAUUGUUUAAGAAAUAUUAAUGAACGUAUUUCAGUAUUAGAAUUAGCUCGAUUUCGUACAUUACUCAAUGAACAACAAGAAUCAAUAAAAGUCAAUAGAUUAAUGAAUAAAAGAAAUAUAAUAUUAAAUUUUUUAAAUCCUUGUCGUAUUAUGUAA